AUGCUUGCGAACGAGGCUAACAAAUUCAACGACAAUGUCAACAAGCGUUACUAUCGCGAGGCUUUGGGCAAUACAACAACAGCUAGAGUUUAUUCAUUGGCGGAACGGUAUCAAAUCGCGGAGAACAUUAGAUUUUGUCGGUUCGUUGCUAGAGCCGUCGCUUGGGUUGGAAUAUGGAACAUUCUUGCUGCCGCUAUGUUGUUUACGGGAAACCUCAAGAUGACAAUUUUUGCGCGAAAUGUCGCUAUGAUAGGCUAUAACUAUAUACACCUAAUUUAUGGAUUUGUCAUGGUUUUUGUUAUGUACCGGUCUGAUCAUCGAUGGAGGAAGGAGAUUGGAAAGCUUACUAAAAGCUGCUGCGCUACAAAAACGCACUCUGAAUUUACAAGCGUUAAGUCAACAUUUGGAAAAGAAACUUGUGUGGAUAAACGUCAACAUGCAGUAUGUUAUUUCAAUAUGCUUAACAGAGAUUGGGAACGCGAAGCGCCCACAACUCGCCAUUGA